AUGGAAGGACUGGGUGGGAACGUCCCUUCAAAUCAAUGCAGGAAUUUUCUAUCUCCCACUGCAUUUGGAGCUCAUCACAACUCUUUAUCUUCGGGACCUGCUUACUCAGGCGGAGAUCGUACGCAUUCUGUCAUUUCUGAAUCAGCCAAGCAAUGCAACCCAUGUCCAGCUCCUACUAGCCCUCCAAACCCAGCCUUCAACUACGGUUAUCAUUUUGGAAGCAGCUAUUACAGUUGUCGAAAUGUUGGCGUACAGCAAACUGGACUGAAAUCUAGUACUCAUGUAUCCCUAGCCGGUUACCCGGUGGACAAAUACACGGAUGUUUCGAGUUUCACCAACAGUCCUGUCCCAACUGACGAGGUAGCAAACCGAGCUAAAGAAUUUGCAUUUUAUCAAAGUUACCCUAAUCCAUACCAACGGGUUUCUAGCUAUUUGGACGUUCCAGUAGUCCCUACCAUAAGUGGCCACGGAGAGCCUAGGCAUGAAGCCUUAUUAUCCAUGGAGGGUUACCAGCCAUGGACAUUUGCUAGUGGGUGGAAUGGUCAAGUGUACUGCCCUAAAGAUCAGACGCAGUCUUCACAUUUUUGGAAAUCGCCUCUUUCAGGAGAUGUGAUGCACAAUCAGACUGAUAUAAACAUUUACAGGCGAGGGAGGAAGAAAAGGGUUCCUUAUACGAAAACCCAGCUUAAAGAACUCGAGCGAGAAUAUGCCACUAACAAAUUUAUCACCAAGGAAAAAAGAAGAAGGAUAUCUUCAGCUACCAACCUUACGGAAAGACAAGUCACCAUUUGGUUUCAGAACAGAAGAGUCAAAGAGAAAAAAGUGGUUUCCAAAGUCAAAGAAAAUAUACCUUAA